GCAAGACGGUGCAUCGUUCCCGUCGCUUAGCGGGUUCAAGCGUAGCUUUACACAGCGAGCAUCCACAGCAAGAGUACCUGAACCGGGGGGACGCAGAUUAAUUAUCCGCUACAGUAAAAAAUAAAUAAAUAAAAAACGAAAAACAACCCAAACAUGUCUGUGGGUGGCGACUUUGGGAACCCUCUAAGAAAAUUCAAACUCGUCUUUCUAGGGGAGCAAAGCGUUGGGAAGACGUCUCUGAUCACAAGGUUCAUGUACGACAGCUUUGACAACACGUAUCAGGCUACAAUCGGAAUUGACUUCCUAUCAAAAACCAUGUACUUAGAAGACCGAACGCCCUGUUCCUCUGAACUCCAGGUGAGGCUGCAGCUCUGGGACACGGCGGGACAGGAGCGCUUCCGGAGCCUCAUCCCCAGCUACAUCCGCGACUCCACUGUGGCCGUGGUGGUGUACGACAUCACGAAUAUGAAUUCCUUUCAGCAGACUUCCAAAUGGAUCGAUGAUGUCAGAACAGAAAGAGGAAGUGACGUCAUCAUCAUGCUAGUGGGCAACAAAACAGACUUGGCAGAUAAGAGGCAAAUUACGAUCGAGGAGGGCGAGCAGAGAGCCAAAGAGCUGAACGUGAUGUUCAUCGAGACCAGCGCGAAGACGGGGUACAACGUCAAGCAGCUGUUUCGACGUGUGGCAGCUGCACUGCCUGGAAUGGAAAGCAUGCAGGAGACAAGCAAAGAAGGCAUGAUUGACAUCAAGCUGGACAAACCACAAGAGCCCCCCACCAGUGAAGGCGGAUGCUCCUGUUAAUACACAGUACCAGAUUGGGCAGCUUCAUUUACACCACAUGCUUGUUGUGUUGCUUCCUAUUGGUUAGCUUCCAGUUAAGUUCAGGUUUGAAUAUUUGGCCUUCCCAUCUGACUAUUGGUCAUUGGUUGGAACUAGUGUUACGUCAAUUUUCUGUUGUAAAAUAUUGUACUUUAUUAACUAAAUUGCCAAAAAAAAGAGGAAAAAAAAGAAAAAAUUCAAUAAGGAAAAAAGCAACAAAAAAAGGUAGAAUUCCAAACAUGUGUAUACUUUUUUGAGAAACUAGAAUGGUACAGUUUUUUUUGUUUUGUAUUUUUGUAUACUAAAGAAAAAGCACUGAUAAAGAAGCAGACGACCUCAGUUUUCAGCUGGUAGGAGAAUGUGACAGAUUGGAAAGAGGCAGUCCAAUGGCUACAAAGUAGAAUGAACAAAAUUGCAUGUUAGCGGUUGAUUCGAUUGCUGAUCCUGUCUGCUGGUGUCCAUAAGUUAAAUAUGUAAACGCUUACUAACACCUGUGAAUUCAUGCACCAUGUGGAAACGACUCUUGUCUGUAAAACUGGAUUUGGAUAUUUGAGUUAGGAACAUGUCGGUAGUGUUUGUGUAAAUGUUUGCUAUUCAUACAGGUGACAUUAGAAUGCAAAUGUCGGCCUAUCCGGGCCCUUAGAAAAGCCAUGUUCGUGCCCCAUUUCUUACAGUUUCGUUUUUGCUGAUGGUAUUUCACGACACUAAUAUACACCACAAUGUACUGUACAGUAUUUAUAUAGUGAUCGCCCUUCAUUAGAUUCAAUCUGUAUUCACCCACGUGAACAAUGGACAGCAGGUUCAGAUAAAAUCAAAGGGCUUGGCUUCCCUGCCUACAGACAUGAAUUGGCUCUAUGGUUUCCAACAUUUCAUGGUUUAUUUUUCAUCUGGAAAUGGAUGGUUAUCUGGAUAUUUUUUCCAUCUCAGAUAACUUUAUUUAAUUCCAGGGGUCCCUAUCUAUGUGUUCCGAAGGCCAAUUAAGACAUGAGAGAAGGCCACACUGCACGUUUAGGCCUUGCUCUUUGCAAAGUGCUCCAUGGGAAGGUUGGAGCCAGACCAAUGGGAGAAGGCCAUUUCAGUGUCAUUCAAAGGGAAGCUUACAAUGCAGCCCUAUAAGGAUGCUGUGAACUUUGCAAAGCUGUCUGAAGAAUUUGAGAAGUAACACAGUAGUUAACGUGACACUUUAGUUUCAUAGUACGUCAUUAUACAUUAGUCUGUAUGUAAUGUAUGUGGUAUUUAUUUAAGACUAUUCAAAAGUAAUACUGUAGUUUUUAAGAGCCAAGAAACUAAAAAAAGCACUGGUAGUAUCAUGGACCACUGAUUGGUAAAAUACUUUUACUUUGAUGUCUUUCAUGAGGGACCUUAAUGCACUUUUUAAAUAUAUAUGUGUUUUGACAGCUAAUGUAAAAUAUAUAUUCCGCUAGUCUAAUACUAAGUACUGAAGGGAAAAGACCAUAAUCUUUAUAGCGGUUGGAAUGUGUCGAAGAGCGGAAGCUGAAACGUGACUGGUGUUCUAGCAGUGUCGACCAUCGCCAGGAGAACUUUUAUUCUGAAUAAGAAUGGAAGUUCAACCCACCUUAAAUGAGCCAAAAUGGCUACCAGGAGCCACGUUGCUGGGCUUCUUGCUUGCCAUUUGCUUUGAUGCAAUGACACGGUGUGCUCUUGCUGCAUGCUCACAUCAAGGGAUGAUUACCUGUGAAGGUUUUGGUGUCAGGAGAGCAGAGAGCUGCCUUGUCUAGGCCGGGUUUCCUUCAAUUACAAAAAAAGACACAUUUCCCCCACAGUGAAUUUAAAACCUCUGAAUUUUUCAACUGUGGUGCAUCACUUUUUCAUACCUGUCUGUGCCCUCACUUAAACUGCAUAGAGAGAGUUGUGUCUGGCACGAGCCGACUUGCAAGACUCCUCCAUAAUCUGAUGUUGGCCAUAAAUGCCAGAAAUGCUUUUCAUUAUUACUAUAGAUUCAUAACGACCACUUUGUUUUUGGUAUUUACUUGCUGCCUAACAGGACUACUGAAUAGGAGGUGGAACCUUGUUUUUCAAAGGAAGGGGUAGAAUAGACAGGCUCUCCCUGUAUACCUAAACCGGGAUGGCCCCCCGCACUAUAAAUUAGGUCACACACCACAUUAAAGACGAGGGAAUCUUAGUAGGCUUCCAUGUUGAACGUCGUUGGUGUUGACCCUUCGGUCCGCUCUCUCUGGUCUCUCAUGGUAUUUAUUACACUGGUGCCUUCUCACACAAAGGCAUGCAAAGCUCUCCUCGCCGGGCUCGGCCCUGCUGUUGAACUGUGUAUAGAGGAGGGAGAUAUACGUGGGGCGGGGGUUAUUUAUUGAUUGACUGACAUGUGUACUUGAUAUCGUUUAUUGUUUUGUUUUUUUUUCUUCCGGAGUGUGUUGGACUCUUCCGAGCCGGUGUAGCGACAGGGCUUUAGGAUAGCAAACCCGCCCGUACCACGAAAGUACCCUUCAGUCGGCGCCCCCUUGUGGAAGCAUCGCACUCACUGCAGGUUUCGCAGGGCUGGUGUGGGUCGGGGGGAGGCAUAGUCAUUGGGCACCGACCAGCUCACGCAUAAUGCUCGGAUAAUGUCUCUGUGACGUGGGAAUUGCGCCGCGAUGCUGGUUGAGCGUCAUGGCAAGGCUUGGGAAAUGUGUGCCAGCUGGGCUCUGUUGCAGAGGGUGCACACGUCACAGCUCUGUGGAGCAGACCUGGUUGGCGAGCUGGUUCUCCAUUCACACUGUAUAGAGACUUAGCAUGUCCAUCUAAAAGAUCAAUAAAAUGUCUUAUUACCAAAUAA